AUGCCUGUUGCUGCCUGUGCCUGUGCUGCCUGUGCCUGUGCUGCCCGUGCCUGUGCUGCCCGUGCCUGUGCUGCCCGUGCCUGUGCUGCCCGUGCCUGUUGCUGCCCGUGCCUUUGCUGCCCGUGCCUGUUGCUGCCCGUUCCUGUGCUGCCCGUGCCUGUGCUGCCCUGUGCUGCCUGUGCCUGUUGCUGCCUGUGCCUGUGCUGCCCGUGCCUGUGCUGCCCGUGCCUGUGCUGCCUGUGCCUGUUGCUGCCCGUGCCUGUGCUGCCCGUGCCUGUGCUGCCCGUGCCUGUGCUGCCCGUGCCUGUUGCUGCCCGUGCCUGUGCUGCCCGUGCCUGUGCUGCCCGUGCCUGUUGCUGCCCGUGCCUGUGCUGCCCGUGCCUGUGCUGCCCGUGCCUGUGCUGCCCGUGCCUGUGCUGCCCGUGCCUAUUGCUGCCCGUGCCGGUGCUGCCCGUGCCUGUGCUGCCCGUGCCUGUGCUGCCCGUGCCUGUGCUGCCCGUGCCUGUGCUGCCUGUGCCUGUGCUGCCUGUGCCUGUGCUGCCCGUGCCUGUGCUGCCCGUGCCUGUGCUGCCCGUGCCUGUGCUGCCCGUGCCUGUUGCUGCCCGUGCCUGUGCUGCCCGUGCCUGUUGCUGCCCGUGCCUGUGCUGCCUGUGCCUGUUGCUGCCUGUGCCUGUGCUGCCCGUGCCUGUGCUGCCCGUGCCUGUGCUGCCCGUGCCUGUGCUGCCCGUGCCUGUGCUGCCCGUGCCUGUUGCUGCCCGUGCCUGUGCUGCCCGUGCCUGUGCUGCCCGUGCCUGUGCUGCCCGUGCCUGUGCUGCCCGUGCCUGUUGCUGCCCGUGCCUGUGCUGCCCGUGCCUGUGCUGCCCGUGCCUGUGCUGCCCGUGCCUGUGCUGCCCGUGCCUGUUGCUGCUCGUGCCUGUUGCUGCCCGUGCCUGUGCUGCCCGUGCCUGUGCUGCCCGUGCCUGUUGCUGCCCCUGUCGCUGA